AUGGCACAUGGAGCAAGCAGGUAUAAGAAGUCCAGGGCUAAGAUGCGUUGGAAGUGGAAGAAAAAGAGAACCAGACGUUUACAAAAGAAAAGAAGAAAGAUGAGACAAAGAUCAAGAUAA